AGUUGUUUCUGCCGGGAAGGAAGAGAGCGAGGUUGGAGCUGGGCAGCGGCUCCGGGCACGGUGCCCCCGCCCAUGAAACGCCUCCCCGGGCACCAUGAAAGCCCCCCCCCCCUUCCGCCAGGCACCUGGCGUCCCCGACCUCUGGGCACACCGCGCUGACCCCCUCCACUUCACCAGAUCUCCAGCGCCCGACCCCUCACCCCACCGGGCACCGCGCCCCUCCCGCAGGCGGGCCAGCAGUGUCGGACAGGCAGCCGCGGGAUCCCUCCGGUGCGCGCCCUGUCCCGGAGCCUCGACUAGAGCUCCACGGCGACCACGAGCUUCGCAGGGCAGAGCCGUGCGAUCUGGCCGCAGUCCGCGGCGCACACAGGGCUUCGGUCAGGCCAGGGACCGUCGGACCGCCUGGGGUCCCCAAGCCGGGCCCGAGCGUGCGCGCGCGCGCCCCGCUGCCCGCAAUCAUGGCAGCCGGCGCCUCGGAGCGCAGCCGCCGAGCGCGCUCCGGCAGCCGCCUCGGUGCCAGGGCGGCGGGGGCGGGCCGGGGCCGGGCCGUGCGGGCUGCAGGGCGCGAAGCAGAAGGCUGAUGAGUCCCCGCGGCGCGGUGCCCCCUGCCCGGCCUGGGCAAGCUGGCGGGACCGCGCGGGCGGGGGAGCGCCUGGGGCGGCGUGCCCGCGGGGGCGCGCACGCGGGGCUGCGGGGCGAGGCGCGGGGCCCGGGCGGCGAAUCCGCUGCUCGCGCCUCCCGCCCCGCCCGCGCGCGCCCGCCCCGGGAGGAGGGUGCGCGGCGGAGGCGCGGGGGGGGGGGGGGGGAGUCGAGGAGGGGCCGCGCCCGGUCCUCGCCCGCAGCGGGCACCGCCGGGGGCCCCGGGAGGCCUUGUUGGUAUUCCGGGCACAGCAGAAGCCCUGACCUCCCCGCGGAACAGGGGCGCCCGGGAGCGCGGCGCGGCCGCCGCCCCCGGGCGGUCUCCCCGGACUGCGGGGCCGUAGGCGCCUUGCUCCCCCUCCUCCCUGUCCCCUCCUCUCCAGGUCCCCCGUACCCCCUCCCCCGGCCUGAUCCGGCGGCGAAGGGGUGGGCAGGGAAACGCGCUCUCUGGGACAGGUGCCAACUCCGAGACAAAAGACAUAAAAUAGGCGGCAACGGGGGAAGCGCGGCCGGCGCGCUCGGGCGGGGACGGAGGCGCCGCGGGGGCCGCAUCCUCGGUGCCGACCGGGGAAAGUUUGGGAAGUCGCCGCGGCGGCUUCGCAGCGGCGGGGGACACGCGGGCCGGGCCGCCCUCCGCGCCGCGCUCGCCCUCUCCGCGCCGCUGCUGAAUAAUUCAUGGCGCGGCCGCCGGCCAUUAGCAUGCACCGGGCGCGCGGCGCGUCUGUGCCCAGCCGUCGCCGCCGCAUUCGGCGCCCGGGCCGCGCUAGACGAGCGGCCGCGCAGAGGCCGGGCCCGCGGCGUCCCCGCGCUCGCCCGCCCGUCCGCCCGUCCGCCCACCCGGCGGCUCCCAUUGUGCCCCAGGCCCGCGCCGCUCCGCCGUCCUGUGACCGCCUGCGCCCCGCAGCGCGCCCGACGGCCGGCCGCUGGAAGUUCGGGCCCGCGGCGCACGCCCUGCCGCCCCGGGAUGCACGUGAACUUGGAGAAAGUCUCGGGGCGCGCCGGCGCAGACCUCCGCGGCAGGGCGUGGGCGCCCCUGGCCCCGCGCGCUUUCGUUUUCGUCUGGGACAAAGGUCCCUCGCGGCGCAGGUCGCGGACGUGGAGGCAGUGCCCUGCGGGCCACUCUGCGGGGAGGUCCGGUCGUUCAGUCAAGGGAAGCCGGAGCCUGGAGAAGACGAGCCGCGCGCGGUCGGAGGCGCGGUGCGGGACCAGGACAGUGGGGCCUGGCCGUGCGCUUCGCCCUGGCGGUCCAGGAGCUGUCUCGCCCUCCGAAGAGUUACGGGAGGUGGCACUGCUUUUGCUCUCUGCCCUUUCGACACGUGAAGGAGAGAAUCAUUUGGAACCCAGGACUCAGACCGGUGGCCGAGGGCCUGUGCAGCCGCGAGCACGACAGCGCAGCGCUGGCCGCGUCCGCGCGCGUUUCUCCGACAAGGGCAGAGCAGUCGACCAGCGCGCCCCAGGCUCGAUCGGGUUCAAGGCGACUCUUGAGGACGAAGGCGGCUGGUCCCAGAGCACCUCGGAGAAAGCGGACGCCCGUCUUGGCCUUUGGAAGACGCUCAAGGACCACAUGGCCGGGUCCACGGUCUCUGCCCUGCGCCUCGAGGGCGAGGCAGCCCAGGUCUUGCCCUUCUUCCCGGCCCCUUCGCCCCCAGCCGAUGCCUGGAGCUCGAGGUGACUGAGCGCUCUCAGGCCAGCUCGGCCCUGGACCUGCUCGGCUCUGGACCUGCCCAUCUCCGUCAACGCACGAGGCCCCCGUGCCCCAGGUCAAGAAGUGGCGCCGAGGUGGGAGCUUCUGUCCGAGGCCAGCCUUCUUUCCGGUGAGCCAGGAUGUUGGGAUCCCCCCCACCACCACCACCCACGGGGGCACCUCGCCACCUGCUGCACUCCUCCCAGCCCUGGCAGAACCCACCUCUUGCAGGAGACAGGCCGGCGAGGCUCGUGGCCACGCCUGCUGAAUACCCAGCUGGCUCUCACAGGGCAGCAUGGGUGACAGCUGGCACCACGGCCCGCCCCUCCCGCUGUCCCGCCUCUGGGAAGUGGGGAGCCAUGGGGGAGCUUAGGAUGCAGAGGGAGGCGGUCCCUCCCCAUCUCCAGGCCCUGCUGACACGCACAGAGGUCCUUAGAUGGGGUCUCGCUGCCAGACCUUUGCCCAAGCUGUGCCCCACCUGAUGCCAGCUCUCCUCAUCCUCCUGCCACGACUCGGCAAACCCCCUCAGCUGACUUACCGCUGACUUACUGCCCGCCGUGUGCUUGUGACCUUUGACCUGCUGAAGGCGCGCUCUGCCCCCCACCCCUCGGGCUGGACUUGGCCUGCACGAGCCACGGUCUGUGUCGCAGGGUGUCUGGAUGGAAGAGCAGCACUGGGCCCCGUCUCCCUCUGCGCCCUGAGGACCCGCCGUUCCUGGCUCCCAGGCAGGUGCGCCUGCCCCCCCCACCCCACCCCAGGCUCACCCUGCCCCCUUCUCUCCACCCGGCCGGGCACCAGCCCUCGACCUGCUGCCGCCUGUCAACAUGCGACGCACACAGGUGAGUGUUACCUGGGGCAGGAAAGGCUGGACGAGGAGAACCAGUGACAUCUGCUUCUCCCAGACUGGGCUGGGGGCACCGGGGGCUUGCGGUGACGGCCGGGGUGGCCCGGGGUGUGUGAGUGUAGUCUGUGUGCUAUUUCUCCCCCCGCCCCCGCCCCCGCCCCCCGCCUCUCCUGAGCCCACAGGGCCCAGCCCGUGGACUGGCCCGUUUCCGCAGGCCGUGGCCUCCCACUGGGGUCUGGGGUCGGCCCUGCAGGCUCCGGAGCGGAAGCCCUGGCCCAGGAGGGGUGGGCAGGUGCGGGGCGCAGGGCAGGACUGUCGGAGCCGAGUAGCGGCUCACACGUGGAUUCCAGCUCCAUGUCGGUUCUGGGGCCUGGCUGCUGUUCCCCCCCAGGGAGCUGCAUGGACCCCACAUCUCAGGGAGGAAACCCAGGCCCACAAGGGCGUAAGCAGAAGCACGGCGAGGAGGCCCGCCUGGCUUCGCAGCCAGCUCCACCUGCUGGGCGUCCUGCCCCGGGCCACCCCUGCCUGCUGGGCCAAUGGUCAGAACCCGUGUCCCUGCGGCCUGAGGCCGUUGGGGUCUUGGGGGCAGAGUCAGGAGUCAGGAGCCAGAGCAUGUGCCCAGGGCGCCUCCCCAGAGUCACUCAGACACACGGGGAGCCCUGGGCUGGGCGCCGGGUUCUUGGCUGCAGUGUCUUCCCCGUGACGAGGCGAGCAGCCACCCCUCCACAGACAGCCAGCAUGCUCCUGCCCGACCCCUCACCAUUACCGGGGCGGGGGUGGGCAGCAAAGGAAGACCCCUGGUCGCUUUCUCUUCAACCCCCGUCCUGGAGCCAGGCUGGCUCUGCCCGGAGAGUCCUUGGGGACACCCUGGUGCUGUCCGCCAGGCAGCCAAGGCGUCCACGAGGAAUCAGGGGUACAGGACUCCAGACCCUCUCCUGCAGAGCUCCCUCUGGGCCCUGAGGACGGACAGGGCGCCCGUGACCACAGGCCAGCCAGGUCCGGGGCCAGGCUGUGCUGGGGCGUUCCUGGGCUCAUGCCCAGGUCCGGGCGGAUGGCGCUGGGUGGGCACUGAUGUCAUCAGGGGCUGACGGUUCUGGCUUUAUCUCACGCUCCCCAGGGUUGUUCAGGGAGCAGCCGCGGCCGUGUUUGUCAGGACCGGACACCAGAGCUCCCUCUGCAGUCGUGGGUGAAGCCGAGCCCAGGAGAGCCCCUCGCCCCCGCGCUGACGGGGCCCCCUCUGAGCCUUGGUUUCCUCAUGUGAGGUGGGUUCACAGAUCCUGGCUUCGCCAGGCCUUCAAGGACCAGGGAGCCAGCACACCCUGGUGCCUGCCUGGAGGAGGCAGUCUGCUCGGAAGGAGCGUGGGAGGAGGCGUGGGUGUCAGAAAGCAUGGGGUGAGGCUCAGCUCUUGUACCAUCUUGCUAGGCAGAAAGCAGAGCCACCGGUCCUCCGCUCUGCCAGUCAUCAGCUGCGUGACCUCACGGAGGCCUUGUUAUCUGACUGGGUCUCAGGCCCGGGUCCUGGGCCGUGUGUGUCUGUCCCCCGAGGGCUGCAGUUCCGGCCCAGCCACCCUUUCCUGGGAGCCAGGGUCCCUUUGGGGAGGAAAGAACAGCUUUCCAGCCUGUCCUGAUGUGGGGAGAAGCCCAGGUCACCCUGGAUGGCAGGGCCAGGCCCACGGGCAGGGAGGCCCCACUGUCCAGCGGGGGAGGGAGCUGCACCUGGGGCACAGGUGCAUCCCGGGCCACCAGGAACCGGGGGAGGCUGCUGCCAGCGGGCAGGGCCAGGUGGGCACUGGAGCCCCUUUGGGACACAAAUUGGCCUGCAGCAAAUGACCCCCUCCCAGUGUCACCUUGGGGCCGUCUUGGCCACCCCUGUGCAGAUGGGAGCGAUCCCACUGCUUGUGUCGCUUUCCCAAAGGCCACGUCGCGCGUCUGCCCCCCACCUCUCUUCUCUCCUUGCUGGGUGGUCUUCCCCGUGGGGCUCCCCACUGGCCCUCUGCUGGCCGCCCGCCUGAGCCAUGCCCUUAGCAUCCCGGCCCCCAGCUCUUCUCCUCCCCCCCCACCGCCAGGAGGUGCCUUCGGAAGCCACGACGUCUCUCCAGGCGCCGAGACUGGCGGCCCUUUGGGGUGAGGUAGUAGGUUGUAUAGUUGGGGCUCCGCCCGGCUGUGGGAUAACUAUACAACCUACUGUCUUUCCUGAAGCGGCUGUAAUGUCGACAGUGGACCGCGCGGGAGCCCAGCCGGGGAGGGUGCCUGCUGGCUGGGCGGGGAGCAGCCUGGCGGCGGGGGGCACACUUCCUCUGUGACCGGGGCAGGUCUCUUGACCUCUCUGGGCCUCCGUUUCUCCCUCUGUGAAACGGGGCAAACGAGGCUUGAGGGCAGUGUGGUGCGACGCGCGGCCAAGGAGGCCAGGGCUCAGAGGGGGGCCCUCCCUCUCCCCACGCUGUGCUGGCGGACCCGAUGGGUGGACCAGUCUGGACGGUGCCCCCAGCUGAGACCUGGCCGGGGUUGCAGGGCAGCGCCCCAGGGCGACCGGGCGCUCGGCCUCCAUCCGCACAUCCCCGGUCUGCCCUUGUGGGCACGCGGCCGCUCCAACCCUGACAGCCUGUGGGUGGACGGCGGGGAGGGGGGAGGGGAACCACGGCGCCGCGUCCGCAGGGCCCCUCCUGCCCUGCGCCUGCCCGGCCCUCCGGCUCAGCCCUGGCAGCUGCGGAUCCCCAGGCAGGGGGCCGGGCCUGGGUGUGGGGCAGCAGCGGGCAUGGCGGACCCUCUCGCAGCCCGGGCGCCCGCGGGGUGAGGUAGUAGGUUGUGUGGUUUCAGGGCAGUGAUGUUGCCCCCUCGGAAGAUAACUAUACAACCUACUGCCUUCCCCGAGGAGUCCAGCCACGUCCCCGGAGGGUCCGCCCCCGAGGAGUCCAGCCACAUCCCCGAGGGUCCGCCCCCGAGGAGUCCAGCCACGUCCCCCGAGGGCCCGCCCCCGUGCUCAGCAGGUGCCUCGGGGGCCUGAGCGCCCCCCCACCCCCUGCCAGGUGCAGGGAGGCUGCGGUGCGCACACCCCUUGAUUUCAAUAAAUGCUGAGUUGCUAUGACCUCAA